GUCAUGACUAAUCUUGCGAUUCAGACUCGGAGGAAAGGCUAUUUUCUUAGUUGCUGAUCCUCCCUCCAUCGUCUUCUCUAAUUCCCCUUUGAUUCAUUCAAUCAAUGGAGGUCUUUGUAUCAGGAGUUCAAACCUUAUCUGAAACUGGUGUCACUCAUGUUCCAUCUCAGUACAUACAACCACCACAGGAUCGACCUCAUCAACCAAUAACAACUUCUUCCUCAGAUUCUCUCAACAUACCCAUUAUUGAUUUAUUCAAUUUCAAUCCGCAACAUUCAAACGAUGUGCGUGCAGAACUUGGUCGAGCUUGUAGUGAUUGGGGUGCUUUUCAAAUUACAAAUCAUGGGAUUUCAAAUUCACUAAUCAAAGAUAUGAUUGACGUAGGUUUGACUUUCUUUAGCGAGUGUUCAAUUACAGAGAAAUCUAAGUAUUCUUGUGAUCCAAAUUCUGCUGCUUCGGAAGGAUAUGGAAGUCGAAUGCUAGUCAAAGAAGAUAGUGUCUUGGAUUGGCGAGAUUAUUUUGAUCAUCAUACUUUUCCAUUAUCUCGUCGAAACCCUAAUCGAUGGCCAGAUUUUCCUACUAAUUAUAGAGGAGUUGUGGAGGAAUAUAGUAAUCAAAUAAAGGAACUUGCGCUGAAGUUGAUGAGCAUGAUAUCUGAAAAUCUAGGUUUACAAUCUUCAUGCAUCGAACAUAUAAUUGGAGAGGUUUAUCAGAAUAUAACUAUCAGUUAUUACCCUCCUUGUCCGCAGCCAGAACUUACUCUGGGGUUACAGUCACAUUCUGAUAUAGGUGCCAUAACUCUUUUGAUACAAGAUGAUGUUGGGGGUCUUGAGGUUUUGAAGGACGAAAAAUGGGUGACUGUUCAGCCUGUGUCUGAUGCAAUUGUUGUCAUUUUGGCUGACCAAACCGAGAUUAUGACCAAUGGCAAGUACCGAAGCGCAGUACAUCGGGCUGUAAGCAAUUCUCAUCGAGCGCGGCUCUCAGUGGGGACGUUUCAUGACCCAGGUAAGAUUAGGAGAAUUGCACCAGCUGCUCAGCUUGUAGACAAGGACACUCUAGCUAGAUAUAAAGAAGUUGUAUAUGGAGAAUAUGUUUCAAAUUGGUACUCCAAAGGCCCCGAAGGAAAAAGAAAUAUUGAUUUCCUAUUAAUUGAUCCCCUAUUACUUAACCAACAGUAGUGAUUCUUCUUCUUAGCUGAAUGAAGCAAUCUUGUGGGUGGAGAGAGCGGAUAUUUAUGUUUGAUAUAUGUUUGUGUUUAAUGGGGUAUGGUUUUUUGUUUUCUCUGCCUGAUUUCCCUUUGCUACUAUCUGGUACACACAAAUGUAUAUUCAGUAUAUCCAACUGCAAGCAUAAAAUGAUUUGAAGUCAUA